UCCCCGGAUGUUGCCCCACGCUUGCUCAUGUCCCGGAUGUACCUACAUUUUAGUAGAGGAACAAAAAAUGGGCUCAUUAUCAAGCUUCACCAAACCGUUUAAAUUAUCCCCACACACGAUUAUUGUACAUGUAUGAGGACCAGGCCGCAGUUCUGAGCAGAGUCCACGUCCACAGUCUCCGUGUCUGUACAGUGAUUCAUGAAAUCGAACAGAGUGCAGUUGGAGGUGAGAGCUGCGGGCCGAGUGUGUUGACACCGUUAGAGCUGCUUCACACUACUGACAGGGCCUUCCACCAUCCCUUCACCCGUCAUCUGCCUAGCGAAGAGUGAUGACCUCACAGCAGCAUGGGAAUGCCAACCCUGCCCUCCUCUCGCCACAGAACUCUUCAUCAAGUCAGGGCAGGCAACACAUUUCCCGUUCCCCGAUAGACUCGUAUUCCCGCUCUGGGCUUUCCUUUCCUCGGAGAGGCUGGGUUGCAGGGUCCUCAUCUGCAGCAGCUCAUGGUAACUCUCUUGCGCUCUCUCUGAGCCGAUUGGCUCCGGCGUCCUGCAGUCUAUCCUCCUCGUCUCGGAGACCUGCUUCUGGUCGGGUGGAGCCGUGGCCGGAGGAGGCAGUGGAUGACGCAUAUGGGCUUUACUCUCUUCACCGCAUGUUUGAUAUUGUGGGCGCGCAGCUGACGCACCGAGACGUACGUGUGCUGUCCUUCCUUUUUGUGGACGUUAUUGAUGAGUACGAGAGAGGAGGGAUACGGAGCGGGCGAGAUUUCCUACUCGCGCUUGAGCGUCAGGGGCGAUGUGACGAGACAAACUUCCGGCAUGUUCUUCAGCUGCUCCGCAUCAUCACUCGCCAUGACCUGCUGCCAUACGUCACGUUGCGCAAGAGACAGACAGUGUGCCCAGAUCCAGUCGAUAAAUACCUGGAGGAGACGUCAGUCCGUUAUGUUUCUCCCAGAGGAGCAGGAGAAGCACAGCAGGAGACUCCUUACAGAAGAACAGGACACCAGCCAUUGAUCUGCUGUCCUCCAUCAGGACCCCAGGUAUGCCCAUCCCGUGCUAAACCAACCCCACCUCUGCCAAGCAGGAAAAGAAAGAGGUCUCACACGACAGCUGACUGCAGAGAAAAACAGACCUGUGACAUACGACUGAGGGUGCGUGCGGAGUACUGUCAGCACGAGUCGGCCCUACAAGGAAAUGUCUUCUCCAACAAGCAGGAGGCGCUGGAGAGGCAGUUUGAGCGGUUCAACCAGGCCAACACCAUCCUCAAAUCCCGUGACCUGGGUUCCAUCAUAUGUGACAUCAAGUUCUCAGAGCUGACCUACCUGGACGCCUUCUGGCGGGACUACAUCAAUGGCUCACUAUUGGAAGCCCUGAAGGGUGUUUUCAUCACAGACUCUCUAAAGCAGGCAGUGGGCCAUGAGGCCAUUAAGCUCCUGGUGAACGUGGAUGAGGAAGACUACCAAGCUGGCAGGAGGAAGUUGCUGAGGAACCUGGUGGCGGGAGGUGCUGGUGCAGGGACGGGGAGCAGGGAGGGUCCCUUGUCCUAGUGGUGGGAUUGACUCGAAAGGACGCCAUGUACUCUGGGUCCUCCAGGCUGGAGAGAUGAUCGGCACUGAUGGUGAUGGGUGUAUAGUGGGUGGUGUUCUCUGGGAUGUACCAGCUGUUGGCAGAACGGACAACUGUCAGUUUGUGACCUCGCUGAUGAAGCUCUCGUAGCAAAAUGUCCAUGUUAAGCCAGUGGCUUCCAUCCACUGGGUACACCAGGAUCUUCCCAGCCAGGGAAAGGGGCGGGACACUCCAAAGGAAGGCAACAAGGACAAAGACUGAGGGAUGCAGCAACAUUGUCUGAAAAUAUAUGAUUGGUUAGGCAGUCAUAAUCAAAAUGUGGCCAAUGGAAAAAUUGCUUGUGCUUAUAACUUAGAAACCAAUGUGGGUCCAGUGUUGUUUGGACCUCUUGGACUUUCAAAAAAAUCAAGUUAAUUUGCUAUUUUGUAAGCUGUAAUAAAGUAAUCGAUUAGUAUGAUUACAGAAAGCAGGCAGUGUACAAUGUUUUUGAUAAUAAUGUAUAGUUAGUGUAAAAGAAGUAUUAUUCCCAGAUCAUAUAUGAUUGCAAAUUGAUAUCACAAUCUCAUUUGUAAUUUUAUUUAUUUAUUUUUUCCACUCAUCUUUCACUUGCAGUGGCUGCCCCUUUACCCUAUCUGAGAGAAUCAUUGUACAUUGACCUGGAACUAGUAUACAAUCUCAGCUGAACACAUUGAGACUAAAGAUAAUAGAGUACACCGAUCAUAUAACUUUCACAAAUAUAUGUCCCUGACAUGUAUGCUAAAUGGAUGUGUUAUAUAAAGGCUAUUCAUCUGAGAAUACACUAUAGCAUACCAAUGACUUGAGCAUCAAAACCUGGCUAAAUAGGUUGCACAGUAUAAGCAAUUUAGUGAUUUGCACAAAUGUUUUUAAACUGAUAACUUUUAAUAACUCAUUGCAAAAAAUAAAUAAAUACUGCAAAUGUGCAUUGUUCUGAAUGACACUGUGCAAUAGUAAUAAUCUAUUUUAAUAUGUCCAUUACCUAAACUGCAAAAUGGACAAAGAUGGGUGGUAACUGAUUACAUGUAAUCUGGAUUAUGUAAUCAAAUUCCCAAAAUUAAGCACUUUUAAUUGGGUUAAAUAAAAUGUUAAAAUACUGUAAUCGGACAAGAGUUACUUUUUUAUCGAUGAUUACAUAUUAUUCACACAAUAGCAAUAACUGUUUCAUAAUUUAUGGAUUCUUACUAAUUCCUUUUUUUUU